UUAUUUGUGUUACCCGUGCUAAUGUAAACAAAACUUGACGUGUGUGGUGUUGGUUUUUUUUAAAGACUAGGUUAUAGACCAACUGACAUACAUUAAUAUGUCAUCCAGAAGAGCACUUCACUUUGUUUUCAAAGUUGGGAACCGUACAGAAACUGCCAAGUUCUACAGAGACGUGCUAGGAAUGCGAUUUUUAAGGCAUGAAGAGUUUGAGAAAGGAUGUGAUGCUGCAUGUAAUGGGCCAUACGAUGGUAAAUGGAGCAAAUCAAUGGUGGGAUAUGGCCCAGAGGAUAAACAUUUUGUGAUAGAACUUACCUACAACUAUGGCAUUGGAAGUUACCAAAUGGGCAAUGAUUUCAAAGGAAUAACAAUACAGUCCCCUAAUGUUCUUGGCAAUGCUAAACAAAAUGGCUACACUGUCACACAGGAAGGGAACCUGAAUGUGCUCACUUCACCAGAUGGAUACAAAUUUUUCAUUGAUGAUAAAGAGUCUAAUGGUGAUCCAGUGAAGAAGGUGACUUUAGCCUCCUCAAAUCUAAAGAAAUCUGUUGAUUACUGGUCAAAUUUGUGUGAGAUGAAAAUAUACUCUCAAGAUGACAAGUGUGCCGUUCUAGGAUACAGUGAUAAUCAGUGUAAGUUGGAGCUGGUUGAUAUAGGCAUCAAAUUGGAUCAUGCCAAGGCCUUUGGGCGAAUUGCCUUCUCCUGUCCAAGAGUUCAGUUAGCAGAGAUACAAGACAGGAUGAAAUCUGCUAAUCAAACCAUUCUGACUCCAUUAAUUAGUCUGGACACUCCAGGGAAAGCCACAGUAGAAGUGAUCAUCGUAGCUGACCCGGAUGGUCAUGAAAUAUGUUUUGUUGGAGAUGAGGCAUUUUGUGAGCUCUCUCAGGUGGACCCACAAGCAGAUAAACUGUUAGAUGAGGCCAUAGCAGCAGAUAAAAGUGAUGAAUGGUUUCAGAAGAAAGGCAUUUCAAAAGCAGCUGCAUGAACCAUAAUGAUAUAAAUACUUCAGGGUGCUAUUAUUCUUUAAGCAUUCCUUCUCAUUCAUCAGUGAUAAAUGGAGGGAUUAGGCAAUGCUAAGCGUAGUCUUCCCAUCACCAUGCUUGGAAUAAAUUUUUAUGCUCCUUGAUAUAUAUACUGCAUAUUCUUACAAAUAGCUAAGAAUAGCUCAGCCAUAGAAACCAGAGUAGAUUGAUGUACACAACAUAAGGCCACAGUUUUUAUGCUGUGUGGCUUUCUGAUUCUUUUGACUCUGUCUCUUUUAUUGAAGAUGUUAAGUAUUUUAAGGCAGUAAUGCCAGUUAUGCGAACCUCUGUUAUACAAUUGUAAGUAUUAUCAGAAUUUGAUAAUGACGGUCUUCAGUAUUCCAAAUAGAUGUAAAUGAGACUGACUUAUCUAAAGCUUUAGAUGAAUUCACAUGUAAAUCAAAAUAUUUUCUGAACUUGGAUUCAUUUUGUCAAACCAUAUACCAUUUCAAUAUUAAAUGAUUUAAUUCAU